CCAAACCAGGUAUCUCAAUCCUUGCAAUAGAACAUACCCAUGCAGACAUUAAUUAUAAACUAGGACUUGUUUGCCUAUAGAUUGAAAUGGAAAACGGAUGGUUCCUUACAGCUUUUUUUGUCUUGUCAUGGCUCGCUUUAUCUAAAGCACAAAACACACCUGGACCAGGUGUGUCCUGCCUCAGGUGGAGUCCUGCAGACGGACACAUACUGCUCACCUUUCUGCACCAGGACCCCACCGGUGAGCGCUCUUUGUAUCUCACCAAGUGGUCUGAUGACCUGCGGCUUGCAGAGUGCGAAAUCAAUCCAAAUCCAGAUGUUACCGAAGGAUAUCACGCCUAUUGCAACAGAACACAGACCUGGAAUCGGGAAAUUGUCCCCAGGUUUAACAUCAGUCUGCUGCUGUCCCCUGAUGCUCCGUGCGCUCCAGUGCCUUCCAGGAAUGAGGAGACAGGGAGGAAAACCCGGAGGAAACGCUCCUGGAUAUUCCCAGGCACGCUGUGGUGUGGAACUGGAAGCAAAGCGGCCGAGUAUGAACAAUUGGGUAUGUUUGAGAGAGCGGAUAAGUGUUGCCGUGAACAUGACCACUGCUCGGACAUCAUCCCAGCUUUCACAGUAAAUUAUGGAGUCUUCAACCCAAACUUCUUCACUGUCUCACACUGUGAGUGUGACCUAAGGUUUCGACAGUGCCUUCUGGGCAUGAAUGACAGCAUUUCGAGUAUGGUGGGCUACAGCUUCUUCAACAUCCUGAAGGUUCCUUGCUUUGAGCUGAAGCCGGUGAAGCGCUGCACCCACAUGUACUGGUGGGGAAUGUGCAAAAAGGCUGAAGAGGCUCCAUAUGCCAUCUUCAAAGCCGCCCUGCCUUACAACAGCUCUGAUUUUACAGGCAAACAUGUUGAUAGCAAGAAUUUAACAAGCAGUAAAGAGCAGAAUGUAUCUGAGAUGCCUUCGUUAAACCCUCAAAGGAAGGCUUCAGAAUCUGAACACAGAUGUGGCCUCAGAGACCCACCCAGAGGAGAUACGUUUCACCGCAGAAGAACAGAGGGAAGGGGCUGCAAAAGGAACAAGAAACUGUUCAAAAAGGAAUCUUCUCAAGUGUCCACAAAACCCACAAAGAUAUCUAAUUCUAAAAGUAAAAACUGGACAAGAGAUAGAAAGAAGAAUAGAAGAGAUGAGUUUUCUGGUUUUACUCAGAAAACCAACAUUCCAACAACCUUCCCCACCACCACCUCGGUUCAAAUAUCACCAGCAACUACACCGUCAAGUGUCUCAGCUUUAACACUGAGACCGAGUCCUCAGAAAGACUUAACAAAAGUUAAAGAAGAGUUAAAGAAAACAAAAAGUAAGAAGAAACAACCAAAGCAGAGUAAAUGCUGUGAAUCCAACAGGAACACGUCUCCCCUUCAAUGCAGGAGCUGUUUACAACCUAGUGGAUCUCCCUCAACAGCUGCCAAACCAACAAAAACAAAACAAUUACCAGCCCAUCAUAAGAAAAGAUAUUUUAGAAAUAAAACAGGAAAACCCAAGCAAGAAGCUCUGACCACUAUUAGGAAUGCAGCCACUUUUGCAACACCCAUCACAAAACAAAAGAAUGCAUCUUCUCCUCAUCCAAGGGGAUCAGCUUCGAAGAAAGCAGGUCAGAAUAUCUUUGGUGGUAGUUCCAACCAAAGGAAUCUUUCAGAAAAAAGCCUGGAGAAAAAUAAGAAGCGGAAUAUAGCUGCAGAUAAAAACCUCCAGUGUAGAAGCCUCAAACACCUGGAUGAUUGUGUGCUUAAAAUUCCUCCAUUUGAGAAGAAAUAUAAUCUUACAAACAUGGGGUCCAAGACUGCUUAUCACUGUGAAUGCAUAACCCGUUUGGCCGUUCGAAUUAGAAGCUUGAAGGAACCAGGUCUUCUUCGCCCUCUCUUGGAGGAAUUUGUCUCUCAAGACUGCUUCACUCUGUCAAAGGAAAAAAAAUGUGGUCGCAUAAAAAGAUGUUCUGGAGGCUUCUCUAAAGCCUCUGACCUACAUCAAGCACUUAAGAAGACAGAAGACAAAGACUUUGCUGCAAUGAGAGUUUCAGCGAGUGGCAGGAAAAAAAAGAUUCCCAUUCAUCUUUAUAAGUAUUGCCUAAGGCUGCAGAUGAGAGCUGAUAUUAUGCCACAGAUCAAAUGAUAGAAGACUGAACUAAGCACACUAACGACGCUGCUUAGAUCUUCAUCACAUACAGAGCUAUUAUUUUGAAGAUCAUUCCAUUUUUGACUAUUAAAAUAAUGAGAUGCAUUUCCCUCAUUUUUCCCUCACAGAAAUGUGUUCAUUCUUUUGAUACCUAUAAGACCAUUGGCCGCCAAACAGAUGUGUCCAGUGUUGGUUUCUUGAUGUGAAGAGUGAGUCAAAACUUUGAUGAGCAUCUCUGAUGCAUACAGAAGGCCAGAGAGGCCAAAUGACUUAAAUUACAACUGAUAUUUUACACAUCAAUAAAAUGGGAAAAGCUGCACGUCUU